UUAAGUGAUAGAAACUCCAUUAAUGGAGGGUAUCUUGAGCUUAGUGAGAACAGGAGGCACUCUUCUUCAGAAACGCCUUUUCUCAAUCCAAGCUGUUGUUGAUCGUCCACCGUUAGUGCAGAGAGUUGGGAAUUGGGGAAGGGAUCUACCGGCCGGUAUCCAAGUCAAGAAGGAUAUUACUCAGCUUAUUGGGAAGACUCCCCUUGUUUAUCUGAACAAAGUGACUGAAGGCUGUGAAGCUUAUGUUGCUGUCAAGCAAGAGAUGAUGCAACCCACUGCCAGCAUCAAAGACAGAGCUGCAUUGGCCAUGAUUGAAGAUGCAGAAAGAAAGGGGUUAAUAACCCCUGGCAAGACAGUGUUGAUUGAGCCGACUUCAGGAAAUAUGGGAAUAAGUUUGGCAUUUAUUGCAGCCAUGAAAGGAUAUAAGAUUAUUCUCACAAUGCCUUCUUACACAAGCCUAGAGAGGAGAGUCACUAUGAAAGCAUUUGGAGCUGAACUAAUCGUCACAGAUCCUGCGAAGGGCAUGGGUGGAACAGUCAAGAAAGCUUAUGAUCUUUUGGAAUCAACCCCAAAUGCUUUCAUGCUACAACAAUUUGAAAAUCCUGCAAAUACUCAGGUACAUUUUGAGACUACUGGACCUGAGAUAUGGGAGGACACUCUUGGCCAAGUUGAUAUCUUUGUUAUGGGAAUAGGAAGUGGAGGCACUGUCUCUGGAGUUGGACAAUAUCUGAAAUCCAAAAAUCCUAAUGUUAAGAUAUAUGGACUUGAGCCAGCAGAAAGCAAUGUACUAAAUGGCGGCAAACCAGGUCCUCAUGAAAUAACUGGCAACGGGGUUGGCUUCAAACCAAAGAUAUUGGAUAUGGAUGUAAUGGAAGCAGUUCUUGAGGUCUCUAGUGAAGAUUCAAUUACGAUGGCAAGAGAAUUGGCUCUGAAGGAGGGGCUCAUGGUGGGAAUUUCCUCUGGAGCAAAUACAGUUGCAGCAUUGGAACUCGCUAGGAUGCCGGAGAACAAAGGGAAACUUAUUGUGACGAUUCAUCCGAGCUUUGGGGAGAGGUACUUGUCAUCUGUUCUCUUUCAAGAGUUGAGGGAAGAGGCAUUGAAGAUGCAGCCAGUUUCAGUGGACUAAUGUUACCAGUUUGAUCAUUGCUAGAGAGUGAGAAUUCAUUUCCUUCUUGAAAGAU